UAUAACUGUGCGCUUUUUAAGGCUUUGAACUAACGUUGUUUACGAUACAAAAACACGGUAUUAUUAUAUAUAGUGAUUUAACUACAGCCAAUUGGGCUUGUUUUUGUUGUUGGUGAAGAGAAAGAAGUGGUGUAAUAAAACGACGUGCUGAUUUUUUAUAUAAUUUUUUUCUAUCAAUAAGAAAUUUUUUUUUAAAGAAAUUUUGUUGCUACGCUCAAUUUUUUGAGUUUGAUUUCUGCUACUAUUUCAGCCUGAUGAUAUAUGAAAUAUUUAAUAAUCAUACAAAAUGUCGAAAACUAUUAACGCUUAUCGAGUGAAAAAAAUAGAACAUAUCGGAAAGAUGACACAAAUGACACAAGAAGAAAUUAUAACAAACACAAAAACUGUGAUGCAGGGUUUAGAAGCGCUCAAAAAUGAGCACAAUAGUAUAUUACAUGGUUUAGCCAGUAGUUUAGAAGCCGCAAUGACGGCAAUGGAACGUGCUGCACAGACUGGUGAUUCAAAUGUGAUUGAAGAAAAGCAGGGACUUGUUCAAAAAUCUAUUGAUAUGAUCGAAUUGGGUCUUGGUGAAGCUCAGGUAAUGAUGGCUCUUGCAUCACAUUUACAAAUGGUUGAAGCCGAAAAACAAAAAUUGCGCACACAAGUUCGAAGGCUUUGUCAAGAAAAUGCUUGGUUACGUGACGAAUUAGCAAAUACUCAACAAAAAUUACAAGCUUCAGAACAAGCUGUGGCUCAAUUAGAAGAAGAGAAAAAACAUCUCGAUUUCUUAUCAUCAAUUCGUCAAUACGAUCAAGAUAUUGCGGAAGAUCAGUCGGAUAAUAAACAAGAUAAUAAAAAGGAUGAUCCAGUUGUUGAUUUGUUCCCGGAUGAUGAAACUGAAGAAAGAAAUACUAUGUCUCCUACUCCCCCUAGCCAAUUUGCACAACAAGUGAAUGCAGGCUAUGAAAUUCCAGCUAGAUUACGAACAUUACAUAAUCUUGUUAUUCAAUAUGCAUCACAAGGCCGGUAUGAAGUAGCUGUACCACUGUGUAAACAAGCUUUGGAAGAUUUAGAAAAAACAAGUGGUCAUGAUCAUCCUGAUGUUGCAACAAUGCUUAAUAUCUUAGCAUUAGUGUACAGAGACCAAAAUAAAUACAAAGAAGCAGCUAAUUUAUUAAAUGACGCAUUGACAAUUAGAGAAAAAACUUUAGGUGAAAAUCAUCCAGCAGUUGCUGCAACACUAAAUAAUUUGGCCGUGCUCUAUGGUAAACGAGGCAAAUAUAAAGAAGCUGAGCCAUUAUGUAAACGUGCUUUAGAAAUCCGUGAGAAAGUUCUUGGCAAAGAGCAUCCUGAUGUUGCAAAACAAUUGAAUAAUUUAGCGUUAUUAUGUCAAAAUCAGGGAAAAUAUGAAGAAGUAGAACGUUAUUAUCAACGUGCACUAGAAAUAUAUGAAUUAAAAUUAGGUCCAGAUGAUCCAAAUGUGGGCAAAACAAAGAAUAAUUUGGCAUCAUGUUAUUUAAAGCAAGGAAAAUAUAAAGAAGCUGAAAUAUUAUACAAACAAAUAUUAACUAGAGCACAUGAAAGAGAAUUUGGAACAAUUGAUGGUGACAACAAACCAAUUUGGCAAGUGGCCGAAGAACGUGAAGAAAAUAAGCACCGUAACAAAGAAAAUGCCCCUUAUGGUGAAUAUGGAGGAUGGCAUAAAGCGGCAAAAGUUGAUUCACCAACAGUUACCACAACAUUGAAAAAUUUAGGUGCAUUGUAUCGUCGUCAAGGCAAAUAUGAAGCUGCUGAAACUUUAGAGGAUUGUGCUUUGAGAAGUAGAAAAGAGCAUGUGCAACAAGCUUUAGAUAUAGUUAAACAAGCUAAGGUCGCUCAAAUAUUGGGAAAUUCUGCCGAUGGUGAAAAACGUCGUCAGAGUAGCACAUCUAGCUCGAAAGACAAACAUUCUAGACGAGGUUCCCGCGAAAGUAUUGAUUCAAUGCAGUACGAUGGUGAAGAGUCAAAUUUUGGCAACACGAGCGCAACUGCUACUACGCGUACUACAAAUGAAACUGAACGAACUGGUAUCAAAAGUAAAUUUUUCCAAGUAUUUGGAAUCAACUCAUCGCCACUAUCCAAGUCAAAUUCAUCAAAUUCUACUUCACAAUCUUAACAUUUGCGGUUAUUAAUUUAACAAUUUUUAUUAAAUUGUUGUUAAUUGCUACUAAAAUUUAGUAUUAAAAUUUUUAUCUACUAUUAGUUUUAUAAUUUUUUUUCUUUAGAGAAUACUUAAUAGAAUUUUACAAACUCUUGGAAAAAUAGCGAAUUAUUCGGGAUAUAUUUAGUAGACAGUACAAGCAACGUAAACAAGUGAUAAGUAAAGUUAAAUAAUUAAAAGAAAUGUGAAUGAAAAGAAUAUUAGAACCAUAUUAAGAACGGCAACAGACAUACAAAUCUAAAAAAGAAUUGUAUCGCCCAAUACGAUUUUGGAUGAAAUAGUUUUUUAUAGGUUGCUUCAAUCACAAAUAAACAAACCUCAAACCUGUUCGUUUUCAAAUCGAUAUUUCAAUAAGCUUUGAUUUAUUUGUGUGCCCAUUUACAUAUAUAUUUUAAUAUUUCACCCAAGUUCGCGUUAGUAAAUUUGUUAUUACGACUCUGUUAAAAAAGUAUCAAGAAUAAAUUUUUUCUGUUGUAAUAAUUUAUAGG